AUCUAAAAGAUAAAAUAAAUAUCUUUUUUAGCACCCAAAAGCACGUCUAAGUCAUUCUACAAUCUUCACACUACCACUAGGUUUCUUCAUAUCACUCAAUUAUAAAUAGAUCAUAUCAAACACUUUCUUUUGAACCUAACAAACAAAAAAGCUAGAGAUUCUUCUUCUGUACCUAUUUGUCUACAACUUGUUUUUUUCUUCAUUCACAACUAUUCAUCAUCAUGUCUUUGCUUUCAGAUCUCAUCAACUUCAAUCUUUCAGAUUCCACUGAAAAGAUUAUUGCUGAAUACAUAUGGGUUGGUGGAUCUGGUAUGGACCUUAGAAGCAAAGCCAGGACUAUUCCUGGACCAGUGAGUGACCCUGCAAAACUUCCUAAGUGGAACUAUGAUGGGUCUAGCACAAAUCAAGCUCCAGGACAAGAUAGUGAAGUUAUCUUAUAUCCACAAGCUAUUUUCAAGGACCCAUUUAGAAGAGGCAACAAUAUUCUUGUGAUUUGUGAUGUUUAUACCCCAGCUGGAGAACCACUCCCAACAAACAAGAGGCACAAUGCUGCCAAGAUUUUCAGUCACCCUGAUGUUGCUGCUGAGGUACCAUGGUAUGGUAUUGAGCAAGAGUAUACAUUAUUGCAGAAAGAUACUAAUUGGCCAUUAGGAUGGCCUAUUGGUGGCUUUCCAGGACCACAGGGCCCAUACUAUUGUGGGAUUGGUGCUGAUAAAGCCUAUGGACGUGAUAUUGUUGAUGCACAUUAUAAAGCAUGCCUUUAUGCUGGCAUUAACAUUAGUGGCAUCAAUGGAGAAGUUAUGCCUGGCCAGUGGGAAUUCCAAGUUGGCCCUUCUGUUGGUAUUUCUGCUGGAGAUGAGAUAUGGGCUGCUCGUUACAUUCUAGAGAGGAUCACAGAGAUAGCUGGAGUUGUUGUUUCAUUUGACCCUAAGCCUAUUCCGGGUGAUUGGAAUGGAGCUGGUGCUCACACAAACUAUAGCACCAAAUCAAUGAGAGAGGAUGGAGGCUAUGAGAUCAUCAAGAAGGCCAUUGAAAAGCUUGGAUUGAGGCAUAAGGAGCACAUUGCAGCUUAUGGAGAAGGAAAUGAAAGGCGUCUCACCGGAAAGCAUGAAACCGCCGAUAUCAAUACUUUUACUUGGGGUGUGGCAAACCGUGGAAGCUCCAUUAGGGUUGGAAGAGACACAGAAAAGGAAGGGAAAGGUUACUUUGAGGAUAGAAGGCCUUCUUCUAACAUGGAUCCUUAUGUGGUCACCUCCUUGAUUGCAGAGACCACCCUUCUUUGGAAACCAUGAAGUUGAAGCCACUUAUCUACCACUACAUAUCAUAUAUGCUCAAUAACAUUUAUUAGUGUAGUUUAUAUCUAUUCUCUUAUAUGCAAAGUGUUGCUUCAUUAGUAGUAAUAGGUAUGUGGUCUUUAAGCACAAAGCAUUUGUGUCCAUGUAAUUUGGAUGGCAAUAAUUUUAUCAUUAAUAAUAACAAGGGUUUCUUCUUGAUAA